AAAAAAAAAAGAGCGUGAGCAAGAAAACUGACGUCGACAAAACUGGUCUUUGCGCGGACCUUGUGGGUUCCCUUUUCCUUCGGACGGCGGGCGACAAGCACAAGUGUGUCUGUGUGUAUGCGUCUUUGCUUUUUCUUUUUGUCCGAUUAUAAACUUUGUUGAAUAUACGCGACCGUUUUCUUUCUUGCGCGGACUGGUUUUCUCCAUCUCUUGGACUUGUUUUCUUUCUUCCUCUCUCCCUCUCACAUCGUUUAUCGCAACCGCGUCGCAUUGCAAAGCGUCGUCGUCUCGGCAAAGGAAAGCGUUGCAACGCUGGAGGCAAAAAGCUGGACUUGAGAACUUAACAACACACUUCCAUUUUGACAAUGGUAUCAUCAUCCAGCGAGCAGAGCCAAAUGAGGUUCCUAGCCAUCGUCCUCCCUGUGCUCACCUUUUGCGCACAUGGCCUCCUCGUCAUGUCCUUUGGGCUGCCCGGUUCGGACCUCGACGGCGCAUACUUUCCCAUCACCUACAACUUGCUUGCUUGCGGUGCAAGUAUUCUCGGCUUCGUUGGCGCACUACGGGCACUGCCAAGUCUGGUGUCAGCUUACACCCUGUUGCACACAAUGACUCUGUCAUUCCUAACAAUCGCCAUUGUUAAUCUGAUUCUGCCGUGGGACUUCCGAACAUUAAAUCCGGUAACUCCGAGCUACACGGUCGACGAAUCAGCCAUAUGCCGCGACAUUGACGCCGGCUUUGGAUGGGACACCGAGUGGCUGGAACAGUGCACUAAGAGUCUUAGCACCAUCAAGUUUUGGUGUACAGGUUUUAGUAUGGUCUUGAUUUUCGUGCAGUGGUGGGCUCUGAUGAGCGUGCGGACGUGGGGGCAAGAGCAGCGAGCCCGGUCGCAAGAUACUCGAAGGGAUGUGGAAAAGGCCGGCCUUGGGACCGACGAGAAGAUGACCAUUUAUGACCAAAAGACUGGAUUUUAAACGAUAUU